UAUUAGAUCGUUAUCUGGGGAUUUUGGAGGCCGUCCUCUUUAACGGACCAGUAAGUCGUUUUCAACACUGUGCAAUGGGCCACUGGAGGAUCACUCAAGACCAAUGGCCAUGAAGAAACAUCUGAAAAGGAAAAAUGCAAACUCUGAAGGGCCCUGGAUAAGAUUCUAACCCAGAUGUAAACUCGAGUGGUUGUCAUCUGGGAGUUCAGAGUUAGAAACCAACAUGAAGACGCAGCAGUCGUUCUUCAAACUCCCAGAAAGCAGCAGAUCUGCUCAGACUCCUAUUAAUUACUAUUAGUACUGAGCCUUUUCUGUUUGCUGCUACCUUUAUUUGCAGAUUCAAGGAUGCAGUGGUGGUUGGAAGAAAGAGUAAAUGGUGAGCUCGAGGCAAUACUGGUAAAGUAAUGCUGUUUUAGUUACGCGAUGCUGGCUGUGAGAAGGACAGAAAGUUUCAGAGAUACGCACCAAUAUAGAAUCCACUGUUAAUGGAAGAACGCCUGUGCGCGUACAGUGUUUGGUGACGCACGAUGUGUGGCGAGCUGCACUUACGGGAAUCACACAUGUUGGAUCCAGCCGCGGGCGCGCUGCGUGUGGAGAGAACUGGAGCUCGUGGCUCAGCCUUUUUUCCAAUAGAAUAAAUUGAUUAGUUGAUUAACAUUAUGAGCUUCAUUGUGAUCAUUUUCAGAACAAGUAGUACCUGGUAGAGACACCUGCACCUGCGCAGUGGCCACUCAUCGUUUCCGGCAGGUCAAACGGGAGGAUGGGGCGCUUUACGUCUCGUUUAAUAUUUACCACCGGGAUCAUGAUGGGAUUUCUCUUCACUCGGUUUAUGUUGGACGGGAACUUUUUAACAGAACAAGCCAUUCACUUAGGGAGAAAUGCCCAGCAGCAAGCCAAGGCGCACACGCAAACAGUUGAACACAACAGCCAAUUGGGUAAUUCUUCUAGAACAACACGGAUCUUGUGCUGGAUCAUGACUGGGCCCAAGAACUUGGAGUCCCGGACCAAGCACAUCAGGGAAACGUGGGCCAAGCGCUGCAACAAAGUGUUGUACAUGAGCUCUGUUGAAACCGACUUCCCCACUGUGAAGCUGAACGUGAGUGAGGGGAGGGAGAACCUGUACUGGAAGACCAUCCGAGCCUUUCAGUACAUCCACCAGCACCACCUGGAUGAAGCGGACUGGUUCGUAAAAGCAGACGAUGACACAUUCAUGGUCAUAGAAAAUCUACGCUACACCUUGUCCAGUUUGGAUCCAGAAAAGCCAUUCUAUCUGGGCAGGAGGUUUACCCCCUUCAUCAGGCAAGGCUACAUGAGUGGAGGAGCAGGUUAUGUCCUCAGUAAGGAAGCACUGAGGAGAUUUGUCAAAGGGUUCGAUAGUGGGAAUUGUACCCACUUCUCCACCUUAGAGGACAUGGCUCUGGGAAAAUGUAUGGAGACGAUGAAGGUGGAGCCAGCCGACUCCAGGGACGUUAAGGGGAGACAAACAUUUCAUCCCUAUCCUCCAGACCACUACCUGGUCAGGCAGCCCCCACGGCCAAGGCCUUGGUAUCUGCUUUACGAUCACUAUGCUCCUGUAGAGGGUCCAGGCUGCUGCUCAGAUUUUGUCAUCUCCUUCCACUACAUAUACGGCGUUCAGCUGUAUGUUUUGGAGUACUUGACGUAUCAUCUGAGACCAUAUGGAUACAAAUACAGAUUUAAUCCGGAUGAAAGAAUUAUAUUGAAAACCACAACCGAGUCCACAUGAAAUGUUUUUAUGUGCACCACAACUUCUGAACUAAUUCAAGAAGGUUCCAGAGACAAGCUUAAUUUUCUCUCUAUAAUGUUUGAUUCUCCCUAACCACGACGUUAUAAUUCAAGAUCUUUAAGUUGAGUGGAGGUGUUGAUUCCCUCCACUCCAAGUUGUUCAUGUUUGGGGGCGUGAGUGGGUCUAUUUUACUAAGACAUUAUUUUGUAUUUAAUACAUGUUAGGAAGAAUCCGAUGCAAAGUGCAUAAUUGUUGCAAAUGCCUUAAACUGUGUUUUUAAUGGGAAAAUAUAAUGUUCUUUCUGUUCAAUGUUAUAUUUUUUACAACCAAAUUGUUCCCAGUUGAAUCAGUUUUGAUUCAAACUUUCAUUGCCAGGAUAUUGCUAAAAACAAGUUUGUACUGUAUAUACAUGAAUAAUGCAUAAUAAUAAUAA